AUGAAGACCAUUCUGUUCUCUGCUGUCUGGCUCUGCGCUGCUGCCGCGCUCGCGAGCGCAUUCAACCCCCUGCACCAUUCUGGUCCUGCAGCACCAUACUUCGACGCUCCAUCCCAAGCCGGCAUCCCCAAGGAGAUCCCAGAGGGGUGCGUCGUCGACCAAGCUGCCUACAUAGUCCGGCAUGGCGCGCGAUACCCCGAACCCGGGUCCUACACCGGCUGGAUAAGCCUCUACAACAAUCUCCAAAACUCUUCCACGCCAUACAACGUCUCCGGUCCUCUGGCAUUUCUCAAGACCUGGGUCCCUCCGGUAGACGACCCGGCGCACAUGCCGCUCUAUCUCUCCGGAGUCGGGGCACUCGAGUCCUUCCAGCUAGGCGUGCUGCUGCGAAACAAGUACAAGUUCACUCCCGGAGGGGGAAACCUCACUGUCUGGAGCGCGGGGCAGGAACGUGUGCUCGCUACUGCCGCUAACUUCCUGCGUGGGUACCUCGCCCAGGGGUCGUACGUCAACAACGCUACCCUCAACAGGGGGAGCAUCGUCUCCAUGCCCGACAGUGUGAACUGGACAAGCGCAGACAGCCUCACAUUCACCAACGGCUGCCCGAACUACUCCAAAGGGGACAAAAGCGGCCCAAUGAAGAGCGCUUGGAGCGCCCUCUGGCAGCCUCGCGUCGCGGCGAGGCUGAAUAGCUUGUACGUCACUGGCAAUUUGAGCUUUACGGGGAGCGACGUUAGCGUCAUGGGCGAUCUAUGCGGUUUCUCAGCAGGAGUGGACGGCGACACCCGGUUCUGCGAUAUCUUUACCCCUUCGGAGUGGCUCGACUACGAAUACGGCAACGACCUGAAUUACUACUACGGCUCCGGCCCCGGAAACCCAUUUGCAGGCACCUCGGCCUGGCCGCUCGUCAAGUCCAUCUCCGACCUGCUGGUCGCCGGUCCCGGUAAGACACUCGCGCCGGGGACGUUCACCCCUUCGCCGCUAAUCAUGAGCUUUACUCACGACAACGACCUCCCGCCGGUGAUCGCCGCUCUCGGACUAUGGAACUCUACCGUGGGCGUCUACCCUUUGUCUAACAGCACCCGUUCCCCGGACAGAGACUUCCGUUCUUCAUACCUCGUCUCCUUCCGGGGAUACGUCGCCUUAGAACGCCUGAACUGCUCCUCUCCCUCCGCUUCCUCCAGGAAAGGCACAUACGUCCGCGUGCAAGCGAACAGCGCCCCUAUCCCCAUCCCCGGCUGCACCUCCGGGCCAGGAUCGUCCUGCCCUCUGGAUGAGUUCUCAGCCUACGUCCAGGCACGCCAAGCCGUUGUGGGGGAAUUCGUGAGCACGUGUAACAAUACUGCGGCGAAUGCGACCCAGGGUGCGGUGGUGGACUUCUUUAUGAAUGAGGAUUGGGAGGGGAGUAUGAGUCGGGGACAGAGGAUUUUGCUCGGGGUGGGGGAUCUGGUGGGGCUUGGAAGCUAGAUGGGUGUUUGAGAUAGAGGGAUAGAGGGAUGAAAGAUGGGUUGAAAGGCCAAAGUAUCUUGGCAUACAUAAU